AUGGAGCGCGCACAGAGCGCCACAAGCCCUCCUACCAAAGAGGUCCAGCACGAACCCAUCAGCUUCGGCAUCGACCAGAUACUUAGUAGCGGUGCUGACUCAGAGAGCGGCCGGACCAGCAGUGGAGACGGUUACCUUUUAGGGAGCCCAACCGGAGAGAGCGCAGCGCCCUACACCGCGCUGUCCAUCUCCCUCUCGGGUAUGGUACCACAGUUAGAGGAUCCUGGUUUGUACGGAGUGAACCGCAGCCUGGGCAGCAGAGGAGUGAUCCGGGUGCCCGCUCACAGACCGUUGACGGUCGAGGGACCGCUGCAUGUGGGGAGCGCUGUGCCCGGGUAUGGAGGCCUGUGUUUCCCGUGGGUCGGUUAUAGGUUCGCCAAGGACAGGUUAUCAGCUCUCGUGCCAUUCACGGUGACCCGGCGGAUAGGUCAUCCAUACCAGAACCGCACACCGCCCAAACGGAAAAAGCCUCGGACAUCCUUCUCCCGUGUGCAGAUUUGUGAGUUGGAGAAGCGCUUCCACCGGCAGAAGUACCUCGCGAGCGCGGAGCGGGCCACCCUCGCCAAGAGCCUGAAGAUGACAGACGCGCAGGUCAAGACCUGGUUCCAGAACCGCAGGACCAAGUGGAGGAGACAGACAGCAGAGGAGCGGGAGGCUGAGCGUCAACAGGCCAAUCGGCUGAUCCUACAGCUGCAGGCCGACGCCCUCCACAAGUCCCUCAACGAAUCAGCAGGUUUCGACCCGCUGUGCUCACAUAACUCCUCCUUGUAUGCCCUGCAGAACCUCCAGCCCUGGGCCGAGGAGAGGGAGUAG